AUGUCUCGGCCCAAUUUGAAAGGGCUGUUCCCUGUGGCGGCAGCGUUCAUCGCGUUCAUCCUUACUCUUCUCUGCCUGUUCGCAGGCACGCAAAGGAACCUGCUCGAUGGAGCGGACAUCCUCACUCUCUACACCCCCGAAGGCGGAUCCAGCUCCGGGAUCCACGAGUUCUAUUCCAUCCAUGUUAUGUCAUACUGCCAAGGGAUAUUGGACACAGUCGAACCCGGUGCACCAGGUAGCGCGCGCAACGUGACGCAGUGUUCGGACCGCCAGAUUCUUUUCUCAUUUGAUCCGACGGACGCUUGGUCGGAAGCCAUAACACAUGGGCCUACAUUAGAAUGGCCUCGCGUGAUCAGCGACGACUUCCACGCCUUCCGUCUCACGACACAAGCGAUGGCGGUAAUGUACUGCGUCGGCGUGAGCGCGGUGGGCGCCGUUCUCCUCGUGCGGGUAUCGUCAUUCAUCUCGCGGAGGAUGCAGCAGGGACCAUUUGAGUUUGGAUUCUUUGUGCUGGGAUCCCUGAGUAUGAGCAUAGCGUCUAUUAUUGCGACGGUAGUAGCGUUUGAAUUUGUGGCUUUGAUCAAUGCCCACGGGGACGGAUCCAACGUGUCGGCUAGCUACGGGACCAAGUUCCUCGGCAUGAGUUGGGCGGCUGCUGGGUUACUUUUAGCGGGGAGCAUCGUCAGUUUGGUGAAUCUGGUCCGGGGGCCGCACGUGGAGUCGCCCCCGGAAGACGAAGAGGGGUUAGAGAAGUUGGAGGGGUAA